UGAUUAAUUUGUAUUCUCACAAUUAGAAUUGAGCUUUUGUUGUUUUAAUUGAUUGUUUUUCUUUUGAUGGUUAAUUGAAGAAACCAAUUCAAUCAUGGCCAUUGGAAAUGUUCUUCUAUUAACUCAGAUCGCGGGUUAUCUUGUUUCGUUUAUUUUAUCUUUUUGUGUUUUAAUUCCGUUGAUUGUAAAUAUGAAAAAUUUCAAAGGAAAUUGUUUACUUUAUACUUCGGGCGUUUUUCUUGACACCGGAGAUUUCGUGCCUACAUGGGCCUCCUGUGGAUAUUGUACUUACACGGCAAUUCUAUCUGCAGCUAUCGUUCUAGUUUCCUUAGCACAAUUAAUCAGAAUGUCACAUUUCCUAAGGAAAGGUGUCGACAGCUCUUUCAUCUCAGCCUUUUGGGACACUGUUAUUGCUUUUCUAUUCGUUGGGUUGACCAUUCUUGAUGCUAUUUUUGUGACCAGUGGAUUUUCCCGAUGGUGUAGCUCAGUUUCACAGAGAUUCAGUUCAUGUGAAGCUGGACAAGGAAUUCUUCAUAUCACUCAAGAUAAUCAAGAAAUUAACACAACCAAUUUCUUUAUUCAAAUGGGAACUGUUCAGUUUGGUAUUUGGACAUUGUUCGUUUCUUGGGUUCUUCUAUUGGUUCUGGCUGGACGAAAGUUAUCCAUUUAUCAUGAACGAGAAAAUCUAAUCAUCAGUAUGUCAAGAGAUCGUCAACGUUACGCUUCUCAAGGUUACAACAAUUUAGAUAUUUAAUAAUAACAAUCAAAGAGUAAUUUGAUUUCAGUCAAAUAGGUUGUGAGGAUUAACUCAUUUCCCAUCAAAUUGUUGAUCAUUGAAAAUCCUUUUGAUUUGUUUCAAUUGUUGUACGUUGAUCCAACUAUCACUUUUCCUGUACAUUACCUAUCAUCAUUGAUUUUUAUCACAAUUAUCCAUUGGAACCUUUAAUUUAAAUUGAUUCUCAAAGCUUCUCAUUUAAUAGAAAAUGUUUCUAUUCUUAAUUUUUCUAAUAAGAUUAGCUUAUCUGUAAACGAGUUAAUCUUUAUCAUAAUUUUAUAUAAAAUUUGUUCAUCCACCGAAAAAUGUAUAUUAUAUAUAAUACGAAAUAUAUUUAAAGUAUUAAAUGUUUAUAACUUA